CAAUUUUGGCAUUGGAAACAUUUCGUAUGCAAAUGACAAUAUAUAAGGAAACGAGAAGCGCUUUUGUUCGUAUUUGCGACAAAGAACUCGAUCGACUAAUACGUGUCAUCCAAGUUAGCCGGAACGAUUAAACUUAAAAAAAUGACACGAUUAAUCAUUUUAUUGUCUGCUGUGCUGUAUGUAGCCGCCGAUGUCAAGCACCUUACAGAUAAUAAUGUCGAUCUGUUCAAAUACAAUCCCAGCGAUGUGUACACCCUACCCGAGGAUAUUGAUGACGAUAAGCCAGCCGUCAUAUACAGCGGCGAUGUCAUGAAAGCUAAAGUAGACAAAUUGCAAAAUAUCAGUGGCAACAAGAAAUUCAAAUUGGAAUUGAAAACUCAAAAUGGUAUUGAAGUAGCAAGUGUUGGUAAAUUGAAGGAUGACAAAACAUUCGUUGUCAGCGGUUCGUACUCAUUUACCGGCGCUGAUGGAAAACGCUACAGAACUAGAUACACAGCUGAUGAGUUCGGUUAUCAUCCCAUCACAGAACUCGAUUUGGAUAUUCCAGAACCUCAAACUCUUGAUAAAAAUGUGGGUGGCUUUAACAACAAAUUUGGCUCGGACAACAACAAAUUUGGCUUGGACAACAAGAGAAAUCGUUUCCAAUUUUUGAAUAAUGAAUUAAACGUUGAACCCUCAAGAGGUAGUGGCCAGAGUGGAGAUGACUACAGCUAUGGAGGUUAUGAUUACACACGCCCAACGCAAAUCUUCCCAUCGGAUCCAUCCCGUCUAUACCUUCCAGUGCAAUAA